AAAUAAAAGUAAUGUUUUUUUUGGUGGCUUUAGGUUCUGUUUCUAAAACGUAAUUUUCAGAAGACACUGCUUCGCUACACGAACUCCAAUUUUUCCUAAUCCUCGCAAACACAAAUCUUAGGAUCAGGUUCUGAGUUCAAAGGGACCUGAAGAAAAUGGCACUGUUUCCUCUUCACCAUGAAGUUCCUUGUAAAGGAGAAGUAUUGUUUGAUUCAAAUGGUUUAAGACGUUUUUCGUCUGGUGGUAGUAGUAAUGUUCUUAAACAUAGAACAACUGCUGAGGCAGCCACGCUUGGCAGGGAUUGUAGGAUGAAGAGUUGUAAAAAAACAAUCCCGUAUCGCUAUUCACAAAGAGGGAAAUUAUGCUUGGUUAGGGCGUCAUCAGAGAACAAGGUUACCAAAAAGAGAAUUCAACUGUUGGAUUCUUACUUUGGGAAACUUCGGAACGAGGAUGAUAAGCCUUCUAUAUCAGCAGGAGAUGAUAUUGAUCAGAAAGUUGAAACCAGUGCGUAUAAAGAGUUGGAUUCUUUGAGUGUUUAUCUUGACAAACUCCAAAAAGAUGCAAAAUCUAAAGGUUUAGUACCGUCUACAUUGGAAGUAGCAAAAUCAGAAGGCGGUUCAGUAGCAAGCAAAUUGAGGAAGAAGACUGGUGUCGAAAGCAAUAAUAAUCCUUUCCAGCAGCUUGAUGAUGAUGAUCAAUCAGAAGAUACAUUGAACUUCUAUGUUGUGAGCAUAUUAGCAUCCAUAAAUGUUGGAGUGUGUCUGUUUGAAGCGGCAGCGCCAGUUAGGAAUAACGAUAUGGGACUGCUAUCACUCCCGUUGUUAUAUGGAGCAAAGAUAAAUGAUUUAAUCGUGGCUGGAGAAUGGUGGAGACUGGUCACACCCAUGUUUCUGGUACAAGACCAACAAAUUGGUCACUUUCAUUUUACAUUGCAGCACUCUGGAAUUGCUCAUGUGGCCCUUAGCUCCUGGGCUCUGCUUACUUUUGGACCAAAAGUCUGCCGUGACUAUGGACUAAUCACAUUUUGUCUCAUUUACAUUCUCGGAGGAGUCUCUGGUAAUUUCAUGAGCUUUCUGCAUACACCAGAUCCUACAGUUGGAGGAACUGGACCAGCAUUUGCUUUAAUAGGAGCUUGGCUCGUUGACCAAAAUCAGAACAAGGAGAUGAUCAAAAGCGAUGAAUAUGAGGACUUGUUUCAGAAGGCCAUUAUUAUGACAGGACUUGGUCUCAUAUUAAGCCAUUUCGGCCCAAUUGAUGACUGGACUAAUCUGGGAGCACUUAUAGCUGGGAUUGUGUAUGGAUUCUUCACUUGUCCGGUGCUUCAACUUGGAAGAGGAAGUGAAAGACAAGAAGGGACUGUGACGGUUGGACCAGAGAAAGAGAAGAAUGCUGAUCCCUGUAAAUCGUUUCUGGUUUUCACAAUCUUUAUCGCGGUUCUUGUGACUUCUGUGCUACUCCUUGGGGAUGGACCAUUGGACUUCCCAACGUACGAUGAUGUUGUCUAUUCCCUCAUUUAGUGUAUCAUCAAGACAGAAAGGAACUAUAUAAAGAGACUUGUGUGUGGUUUGGUUAUGUAGUAGAAAGCUGAAUGUGAGUACUGAUAAGCAAAUUGAGAAAAUUUGUGUAUUGUAUUCCUCUCACCCUUUGGUUUUUUAUAUCUCAAGUUUUGUUGGUUUCUCUU